AUGACUUCAUGUGGUCGCCUCAAGUGCAUGGUGGAUGGCUGUGGCGUUGUCGUGUGGUACACCUACUUCAAGGUGCACAUGACCAAGGACCACCCGGAGAUACCCCAACACCGCAAUAUCCGUAAGCAGUACGGCCGCCAAGUCGAUGCGAACAACAAGGUGCUUGAGGACGAGGGCGUCGCAGAUUUGCACCCUGACGACAGUGGUAGUGAUCCUAAGGUACUCCUCCAGCCCAUGAUUAACCAGCAUGAGGCGGACGUGGACUACGCAUUUUCGCCGCCUACAACCCCUGUAUCGUUGCCCUCGUCCACCCCUGUUCCACCUCUUACGGCCACUGUUGCAACCAUACCUGCAUCCAGCAUUCCGUCAACUCCAGUUGUUGCUCCUAUUCCCCCUUCGAAAGCCACAGACCCGAAAGAAUUUCGACGGCUUAGCAGACUGACAAAAAUGUUGUUAUAA